GGCGCCGUUAAAAUGAAACUCUAGUGGCUGGAGUCAGGGCAGAGUAUGAGGAGAUUCAGCGUCGCCGGUGUUGUUCACACCGGUCGGGAGCGCCCGGCCGAGCCGGAGUGACUGGACUUCGCGACGGCCGCCGACCCUGAGGCUGCGGCAGCUUUGGUUCCGAGUCGUCUGGAACGGAGCCUGGGUCUCGGUCCCUGCGGGAAACGCUCUUCAGACCAGUGGGACCCCGAAACUUGAGCGCAGACCCCAACCCUUUUUUUUUCUAUGCCUUUGUCACAUCCCCAGCUUUCUCCAAAGCGUUUGCCUCCCUUUUAGUUUUCCCCCCUUCGAAGGACACAAAAGUGGCUUCCUCAGAAAGAUUUAGAGACGGCGGAGCUUUUCUUUUUCUCGUUGGAGAGAGGUUGUGUGAAAGGAUUUCGGGAAACCGCUUUUUAAUAUUACUGUUCUCCGGCCCCCAAGCGAGUCUAACCUUCUGAGGAGAAAAACUCCUACAGCUUGAAAGUUCGGGUGGCAUUUUGCUGGGUAUUGUAGGAGAGAAGGGAGGACCGUAUUCUCUUCUUGGUCCUGGUAGUUGGCUGGAUUUGGACCAGCCGUUAGAAACCCCGAAGUACGUUUCCUUGUGGAACUUUUACACAUAUAUUUUUCAGAUUUUAAAAUAUUAGACAAAAAAAUAUAUGCCUUCUAUGUAUUACCUGACGACCUGCCCCUGACAGCGCGAUGUACAAUACGGUGUGGAGUAUGGACCGCGAUGACGCAGACUGGAGGGAGGUGAUGAUGCCUUAUUCAACAGAACUGAUAUUUUAUAUUGAAAUGGAUCCUCCAGCUCUUCCACCAAAGCCACCUAAGCCAAUGAUUUCAGGAACUACAAAUGGAGUGAAGGACAGUUCUAUUCCUCUUCAGGAUGCAGAAUGGUACUGGGGGGAUAUUUCCAGGGAGGAAGUAAAUGACAAAUUACGGGACAUGCCAGAUGGUACCUUUUUGGUCCGUGAUGCCUCAACAAAAAUGCAGGGAGAUUAUACUCUGACUUUGAGGAAGGGAGGCAAUAAUAAGUUAAUAAAGAUCUAUCAUCGGGAUGGUAAAUAUGGCUUUUCUGAUCCUCUGACCUUUAAUUCUGUGGUGGAGCUCAUUAAUCACUACCAUCAUGAAUCUCUUGCUCAGUACAACCCCAAGCUUGACGUGAAGCUGAUGUACCCAGUGUCCAGGUACCAACAGGAUCAGUUGGUGAAAGAAGAUAAUAUUGAUGCAGUAGGUAAAAAACUACAAGAAUACCACUCUCAGUAUCAGGAAAAGAGCAAAGAAUAUGAUAGGCUAUAUGAAGAAUAUACCAGAACAUCCCAGGAAAUACAGAUGAAUAGAACUGCAAUUGAGGCUUUUAAUGAAACAAUUAAAAUAUUUGAGGAACAAUGUCACACACAAGAACAACACAGCAAAGAAUAUAUUGAGCGAUUUCGCAAAGAAGGGAAUGAAAAGGAGAUUGAACGAAUUAUGAUGAAUUAUGAUAAGUUGAAAUCACGUCUUGGUGAAAUUCAUGAUAGCAAAAUGCGACUAGAGCAGGAUUUGAAGAAACAAGCUUUGGACAACCGAGAAAUAGAUAAAAAAAUGAAUAGUAUCAAACCUGAUUUGAUCCAACUGCGCAAGAUCCGAGAUCAGCAUCUUGUAUGGCUCAAUCACAAGGGAGUGAGACAGAAGCGCCUAAAUGCAUGGCUUGGAAUCAAGAAUGAGGAUGCUGAUGAGGCCUAUUUUAUCAGUGAAGAAGAUGAAAACCUGCCACAUUAUGAUGAGAAAACCUGGUUUGUUGAGGACAUCAAUCGUGUGCAAGCAGAGGACUUGCUUUACGGAAAACCUGAUGGAGCGUUCUUAAUUCGGGAGAGCAGCAAGAAAGGAUGCUAUGCCUGUUCUGUGGUUGCCGAUGGGGAAGUGAAGCACUGUGUGAUCUACAGCACUGCUCGGGGAUAUGGCUUCGCAGAGCCCUACAACCUGUACAGCUCGUUGAAGGAGCUGGUGCUCCAUUACCAGCAGACAUCCCUGGUCCAGCACAACGACUCCCUCAACGUCAGGCUUGCCUACCCUGUCCACGCACAGAUGCCCUCGCUGUGCAGAUAGAGGGGGAAUGCACUAGCAUUUUUCUAGUUUUUAUUAGACUAUGAUGAGGGCAUUCUUUCUACAUGGACUGCUUGUUUUGCACAAGAAGUGAUUUUGUGAAUGUGAAGUGGAGAGGCCAAGCAGAAGCCGGCCAGGGUGGGGAAAUAAGGGGCUUGGGGUCUCUAGGACUCAGCAGUGCCAGGGCACUGAAAUACUAAGGUAGAAGCAGAUGCUGUUUUUUUGGAAAGUCUGUUUCUAUUUCAUUGAAGGUUUUGUUUCUGUUUAGCCAAGUACCCUCACCAGAACAUACUGGGUUUGUGGGUAGAGAGUGGGAUUUGAAAGUCUCUGAAGAUAGAGAUUUUCUUUUGGUCCUCAACUGGGUUGGGAGGAGUUGUUUUACUCUGGUUGUCACUGUUUCUCCCAAAACAAGUUUGUCUAUGAUAGAAUGUAAUUUGAUAAGAAAGAAAGAAAGAAAGAAAGAAAGAAAGAAAGAAAGAAAGCAAGCAAGCAAGCAAUCAACUAAAAGAAAACAUGGAGACUUAAGAUUUCAUGACCAAACAAAAAAAAAGUCUAAGUCAACAGGGUAAGACCAACAAAACAAAACAAAACAAAAACCAGACUUGUCUUACAAACAUUAAAUUAAUAAUUUAGGCUUUACCAUCUCAUUAUCUCCCCCUCUCUAAAGAACGAUAUUCAGAAACCAACAAAGCAAUGUUAGUUGCCAGAUCAAGUUCUAAACAGAGACGAUGGCACUAGUAGCUGAAUGAGGCUUCUGUACCAAAACUUGAAAAUAAGAGAAUGAGAAAUGUGAGUUUUAGCAAACACUAAAUCUGUCAGUACAUUUUCUUUUGUCCCACCUUGUAUCUCUGAGAUGAGGAAUAGCAUUCUUUUCGUGCAAAUAGUGAAGUUUGAAUCAUAAAAUGAAGUUGGUGCUUGUGUGGUGUUCCUUUAGCUUAAAGAAUGAUGUUUGAAACCUUUGUGACUUGUUUUUAUGAGUAAAGAAAAAGUGCAAUCCAGUGCUUUUAGAUGGCUUGAUAUACCAAAUACAGAACAGCAUUCUUGUAUGUGCUUCCCCAUGUUUAAAGAUCCUUCAAGAGGCCAAUUUUGUGGUGCAUGCCUAUAAUGCCAGCACUUGGGAGGCUGAGGCAGGAAAAUAACUGCCAGCCUUGGCUACAUGGUGAGUUUAAGGUCUGUCUGAACUGCAAAUAGCGAGACCUGUCUCUGAAAUAAGAAAGGCCCUGCAAGAACCAGAUGGCUUAAGUUACACGGUUUAAUUUCCCUUUUAUUUUUGGUAGAGUUUGGGAGCUAUAGGUGGCUAAGGAAAAGGAAUCAGAUUGUGUCUGAGACCUAGUAAAUCACAGACCUAGAACCCUAGUGUCCAGGAUAGUCAUGCCAUAUUACACAUACAGUAGUUUCUGAAGCUUUUGCAGGAAGGAGAGAAACUGGCUUUGAGUUUAGACUGUUAGUAGAAGCCAUCUAGAAGCUUUUGUUAUUGCUUUUUUGUUACCUUGCCAUUAAGGCAGUGUGCAGAGUCUGCUCUCAUGCUCAGGUGGUUGUGAUUUUAGGCCAGGAAUUGUCUGCUUCCUGUGGUUAACUUUUUUAGGUGAAUGAAGGUAGCCUAGCAGAGUGGAGGGCAGGCAUCUACUCUGUAUUCCUGUAUGUCCCACAGUCACUUGACAGAGUCCAGCUGCCCCAGAGCCAGUCCUGGAACCACAAUGGGCUUUGGUGUGAGUUAUGUGUUUGAGCCAGGGCUGUGCAGCUUGCCAUCCAGGCUGAGCUAUAGGAAUAGCCAGUAACCAUGACUUGGUCUAUAAGGCUAGCUAGGAAAGCUGGUUGGGGGCUAAAAGAAAAAGAUUACUUUAUCUGAGCACUUAUCUGAGUGACAGUAUCUAGAAUGAGCAAUGAUAAAUUAAAAUUUUUGGAAAAAUGUCCAGUUUCUAUCAAUGAAGAAAGGAAAGAAAGGGUAUAUCUUUGGCUUUUCCUUGUUUACAUUGGAGUCUCAGGACUAAGAUCAAGACGAAUGAACCCCCUCCAAAAUAAUUGUUCUGACUUAAAAGCCCUUAACUGACAGCCAGCACAAGCUUUCCCCAAACCACUGAAUUGAAAUCUUGCUGAAAGUUUCACUGCAGAAUGCCAGUCUAAUGGCUGCUGGCCAUACCUAAGUGGUUUGUACUUGAUGUUGAACUUUCUUAAUAACCAGUAGUGAGGGUGCACAGAACCCCUCCUAUAUGGUUCUAGUGUGUUCUGAAUGUCCUAAACCAAAAUAGGAUGGGGUACAUCCCUGCAGCGUUGAUGACUAUGUGUGUCUGUACCUUGUUGGACAGAUAUGGAAGGUGUGCAGGAAGUACAAGUAACCACAGAAUGUCUAUACUUGUGCUGAGUUGUGGAGAAGGGGUGCAGUUUGUUACAUUCCUUUUUACCCCCUUUUCAUUCUUGAAUUUAUUGCUUUGUAGGAUCUAAGACCCAAGAUGAUUCGAGAAAUCGGAAUGUAUCCUUUCUAACCAGUUGUCACAUGAUCUGCUUGAUCCUGAGCCAGUGGAAAUGACCAACUACUGGGCUCCAAGUGUGUUGGGGGCAGGAUGCUGCUCCUUUGUCCUAUGGCUUGGGAGCAAGUUUUGGCUUUCUUCCUGAGUUUGACUCUACCUCCUAUCCUAUGAUGUGGGCCCUGAGAAUUUCUCUCUUGGUAUCUUAACUGCAGUUUCACUGUGACAGGUAGAGACAUAGAUCAAGACCAGAGGUGCUCAUCAUUCUCCUGGCCACAGAAGCCAGCCAUCAACCUAAAAGCAGCACGGGGAUGGCUAGAUACAGGUCCUGGGUUCCUCUUUUCCAGGUGGAGCUUUCAUCACAGAACAAUGCUGUGUGUAUUCUUGGCCACAGGUACCAAAAAUUUGCAGUGGCUCAGUAGGUUGCCUGUGUCCGUAUCACUGACGUGGCCAAGGAUGAAGACUUCUAACAUUGCCACUCCCUGUCCAAGACCUUAUGGGAUUUCCCAUUUACUUUAAACCUCAGACACUCUGAAGAAGCUUUACAAGUCAGUUAGGUGUCUUCCAUGUUUCCUCUUCUUGCUGCAAGGAGCCAAUCCCAUGCAUUCUGUUGAGCCAGGAAUUGCUUAUGGGCAGGUCCUGGCUUCCAAGUUGAUCUGUGUUACCAGUUAAGACUCCAGAGCAGGCUUUAGAAACAAGAGGGUCAAAGAGGACCUGUGUAGGCCCCUUGCUACCAACUGCUUACCUUGCUUUAUCUCCAGCUACUUGUGACAGAUAACAUUGUUUCCUUACAAAUUGCAGCAUGUGACUUUGGUGCCCUGUUGUUACUUGUGAAAAAUCUGUUCUGUUGUCCUUGUGUAGUCCAAGAAGAUUCAUGUAGUUACAUAAAAAUAUUACUCACAAGGAAGCCAACUGUAUGUCUUGUGUUGGGACAAUUCAUAAUGUAGUUCCUAGACCAUUUGCAAAUUGUUUUGUGUCACCAGAUGUGUUCAGACAUUGCUGUGCAGUUGUGGGGGAGGGAGGGGGGAAGGUAAGUGGUGAUACUGUACUGGUUGGGCAUUUUGUUUUUUACCUUCCCCAAGAGGGGAGUCUGGCCAACUUGCUCCAUUAAUGCAAUAAAGACAUUGUAAUAAAGCA